AUGGCGACGGCAUACUUCGCGAACCUUCCAGAAACGGCAUCCGACGAUCCAGUCGCGACGUCGAACAGUCUGGACCGGAUUGGUUUCAGGAGAGUACCUAUUACGAAUUCUCCCUGCGCCCGGUGGCUCCGGCUAGCGAUCUCUCAGCAUGUCAUCUUCAAGGCCAUUCACGAAUCCGUGUGGCAGCCCUUGUUCUCACAGCACCUGUGGAAAUGUACGAAAGACAGCCACGCAACUCUCAAGGAGAUAUACUCGGGCCUGGCUACCGAGGGGCCAGAUUUCCAACAUGACUGGAAAGUUUCCACAUUGAAGAUGUUGGGUCGUCUUGAUGAAAAGGCUGACGUCGACCACUUGAUAACCGAGACGGUAGAAGGAAAAGUUGUGAACCCCUUGAAGUCAUUGCUGGAUCGCGCACACAUUGAGUCGUUCAGAAAUGAUGUGAAGGCAUUGCUUACCGAUGCAAUUGCUUUGGGUCGAGAAGCGGAGCGUGAUCAAUCACCGGUCUACGUCGACACCAGUCCAUCGCUACUGAAGGACAGUAACGGCUGGAAGGAAUAUCUCAGCUCGAGCGAGGAGUAUGACACCAGCGAUGGUGCUGACCCGUCUGUGGCGUCUCCGGGCUCGGACUUGGACCCGAAAGCACUAUUUGUGAGUCCAAAAAUCUUUCGCGAGAUGAUGGAGAUCGGAUCAGAAGCGAAAGCCACAGGCAGCUUUAAGCUGGAGCUGAUUCAAAUGGGAGUCGCCCUGUUCCCCGACACAGGUAUCUUCCACCAGGGAGAAAUGGAGUGGAACAGGGUCCGUUCGACGAUUAAGGAAGCUGCAAGGAGUAGUGGUGGGUGGAUGAGAAGGUCAAGCACGAGUACGACCGCGACCGGUCUGGGAAUUUCACCGAUAUCUCCAUCCACGAUAUCUCCAUCCAAGAAUUGGCCCCAGCAGGGUCCGCAGGGGUUUGACUAG